CUCGUCCCGAGCCUUCCUUCAUGUCCAAUCUCUUGACUAUACCAUUCAAGCAGACUUACACUCUGAACAUAAAGGAACCCGUUCGAGAAUAUCUUCUUGCACAUAGUUCCAGUCAUCCUGAUGAAUUUCGAAACGACAUCACCCGGUGGCAGAGUUUGCGGCAGGACGGUGUUGGGGGUGCGGUUCACGUUGAUCGGACCAAUGGGGCGUUGAGAUACCAUGCUCAGCUAUUGUCGAUCUUGGCGAAACUCCCCGUUGAUAUUUCCCUUGAGAUCGCAUACGCACCAGUUUUCAGUCCCAAUGGCCUUCCUGUUAUACUGAAAGACCUCGCAUUCGAACGUGCCGGGGUCUUGUUCAAUCUAGCGGCGUUAUACUCCCAACUCGGGGACUCCCAGGAUCGCUCAAAUGCAGACGGCAUCAAGCGUGCCAUUGCGAACUUCCAGCAAGCUGCCGGAACGCUGUCUUAUUUGAGAACAUCUGCUCUCCCGCAAUACAAGAUCGAUUUGUCUCCAGACCGGGACGACACGUUGCUUGACCUUUCUGAGCAUUUCGUGCACAGCUUGGAAUGGCUCAUGUUGGCUCAAGCUCAAGAAUGCUGGUGGCAAAACGCUAAACUGAGUAACUACAAAAACACUCUCUUGGCCAAAUUAGCCGCUCAGACUGAGAUUCUGUACCGAUCUGCGAUGAACACUAUCCGCAAUGCGAGCCCAGCAAUUGCCCAAGUUUUUCCCCUUGGAUGGGUUUCGCAUAUUGAGGCCAAGAUGUAUCACUUUGAGGCCGUGUCACAGUAUCGCCAGAGCGUAGCCGAACUGGAAGCAAGCAAAUAUGGUGUCGAGCUAGCGCGACUUGAUCGAGCGAAAAUGGCUGCUAAGCAGGCCUAUGAUAUCGCAAGGCGAGGGAGGGCAAGCGCGUCAGUCAUGCAAGAUGCCCAGUCUCUGCUAGAUGCUGUACAAAAGGACUUUACACGGGCCGAACGGGACAAUGACCUCAUUUACCAUGAAGACAUCCCACCUUCUUCGGCACUUCCAGCUAUCGUGCCAUCGGAUAUCGCCAAGUUGACUAUAGUUCCCGGACUGUCGAAUCCAACUAGUCUCAUCGGCAACGAGGGGCCUCUAUUUGGCGCUCUUAUGAGUUGGGGCGCGAGAGCCGCCAUAGAUAUAUACGAGGAUCGGAAAGAUAAUCUCGUCAAGGAGCAGAUUUUAGAUGGAGCUCAGCGUCUGAAGGAUCUAGCAGACGAUUUCCUUCAGCAACGGAAUUUGCCAUCUGCUCUAGAAGCCAUAGAGCGGACAUCUGGAUUGCCCUCCAGUGUGCUACAAAAGGCGGAAGACAUCCGACGGGAGGGCGGCCCAGCACGUAUAGAAAGUUCGCUGGAGGAUGUUCACCGGCUUGCACAACAAGAUGCAGAUAUAUUGAACGACGCCAUGGAUAUUCUGGAUAACGAAGCGUCUGAAGACGAGACGAUGCGAGAGUCGGGCGAUAUUGACCGUUUGCCCUCGCACGUAGCCAACGCCGAUUUAAUCAGCAAAGAACGGAGAUAUCGUGACAUACUUUCACGUGCUUCAGACAGCGACGAGACAGUCCGCGAGAAAUGGGAUGAAUGGGAAGCCAAUAUUAUGCUUUUGGCCGGUGACCCAGCAGAACUCGAGGCCGCAGUCCCUUCAACAAAACCGAGCAAUUCAAGGCGGGGAAGUGAAGGCCCUGCCAUGCAACAGCAUGCUCGUGCCUUGCGGGUUGCGCUCGAGGCAUUGGACAGUCUCCAUCGUUCCCUGGACGAUUUCGUCGCUCGUGCCCAGAGUCUCGCCAAGGCUGAUAACAUCCAUAAUCGCAUCGCAUCCGUGGCAUCCGGGUUAGAAAAGCUGGCGGAAGUCAAGCCUGACAUGUUUGAGGAAGUGAUGGAUCAAGAAUUGUCAAAAUACGACAAGUUUCUGCAAGAACUAGAGCGAGCCGGCGAAAAACAGAAAGGCUUGUUGAGAACGAUCGAUUCGUCCAACGAGAAGUUCGUCGAGAGUCGACGGGAUGACCCCGCUGUCAGAGCAAGGGAAGAGGCUCUGCGGGUACUCGAACUCGGAUACCACAAGUAUCGGGAGAUAGUCAAGAAUUUGAACGAGGGAAUCCAGUUCUACAACGAUCUGGCUCAGAUAUUCACCGAUUUCAAGGCAACGUGCAAGAACUGGAGUGCCCAACGCAGUGCUGAGAUCCAAGCGGCGUUAGUAGUUGCGAUGGAGCAGUCAACGCUGGAGGCUUCUCCCCCACCUCAACCACCCAUCGAGCCGACCCGCCCCGUCAAACGGGGCAUCGGACUUCCUGCGCUUACAUCUGACGAUUGGGGCUUUGAAGAGGUGUCCUUACCGCCGGCGCCGCGUUGAAGGCCGUAUUACGUUAUGUAGAGAUGGCUGUACUUGGAUGCUGUACUCGUACCGCUUCAACAUCAUGGAUCGAUCUCUGUCUGCACCUUGGAAUCCUUCUGUCUACCACCACCAUGAGCUUCGAUAGUCCCCAGUUCCAGGCUCCCCCGACAUAUGCAGCCUCCCAGGCGCCUCCCUCCGGCUUUCGCAUUGCUCUGGACACCCAUACCCACAUCAACAAGCAGGACCUCGAUCGCGCUGGGCAUAUACCCUUUCGAGAUCUAGAUGGCUCCCCCAUCUACGUCGGGUCGGCGAUAUUUACUCGCGAGGAUGGAUCCCAGAAGUCUGUCCACCCCUGCAAGAUCGGCCCGCAUCUCCAACCGUCUGCAUGCGCUGUAGCCUAUGGUGGGGAGGAACACUGCCACAGCGGUCGCUACGACCUGCUCAUCAUUGACGAACGUACAAUGGAAUGGGUUCAGACCUCCCACGGGCGCAUUCCCGAGGGACGUAAUCCGGUCGAAGGCGGGUAUGAAGAGAACAUCCGAGACAAGCUCUACCAUGCUGCCGCGCAAAUCAACGGAAUCAUGGUUCCAGGCAAGACGGGCCAACAUCUCGGCGGUGCUAACAUCUCGUUUGGUGGAGGAGAACACGCUGUUCACGAGAACUACCUGAUCCUCUGCUGGAAGCCUGCGCAAAACGGGUGGUAAGUGAUGAGACGCGGAGAUCGGACUCGGGAAAUGCGGUUAGCUGCGGAGUUGCCGACCCUGCUCCUUCUCCUAUACAUGUAACACUUAAAUCCAAUGCAACUUCUACCUCCAGCGCUUCUUUGCCAUCCUGGAGCCCCUCGCCACCACAGCGACAAUGAGUAAAACACAGGCAUCGACUCUGAUAGCUCUCGCGGCGCUGGUUUUCUGGCGUAGUGGACCAAGCUUUCCUUCCCUUUUCACAAAAAGAGACCUUCCCAGUGCAGCAUUUGCAUACGGUAGCGCCGACAUCCAGUGUACCCAGCUCGAAGCUCCUGACUUCAAGUUCUGCGAAGACGCCACCAUCUGGGACGUCCUGGACGCCAAAAUAAACACCACUCAUCAAUACGUCCUUGUGAGCUGUGAUGCGGGGCGUAAAGCGUGGAACACAGUUCUGGGGCCGCUCCGAGAUCCUGAGCCAAAGGGAUCCCUGUGGUUAGUUUCGGAUGGCCAACCUCGGAGACUAGCGCUGCAAGGGUUCCCAAAGAACCACACAUUCCACCCUCUCGGCCUUGCUAUCUGGCCUUCCGAUGGAAAGAAUCCCAGUAACCUAUUUGUAGUCAACCAUGCCCGGGAGAGGACCGUUAUCGAACAGUUCACUCUCGCCCCUGCAGGAGAAGCGAUGAAACACAUACGAACGAUCGUGUCUCCGUACUUCGCAUCACCCAACUCCAUCGCCCUCACCUCUCCUCACUCAUUUUAUGUGACGAACGAUCAUCUGAUGACGCGCAGACUGCCCAUCGUUGGACACGUCCUCCCGGUGAUCGAGACAUUCCUCGCCCUGCCGCUUGGCUGGGUGUCCCAUGUGUCUGUGGACCCGAACCCUGACGCUGCUGAAUCCAUCAUCAAAAGCCAACCAGCAGCACUGUUCGUCCCUUUUGCCAAUGGCGUGUCGGUCUCUCCCUCGGGCUUGCAGGUCGCCGUCGCCUCGACUUCACUUAGUGCCGUUCGUUUCUACAGCCGGAACGCAGAAACGAACGCUCUGAAGUAUCAGCGCUCGGUCAUUCUUCCCUUCCUCCCUGAUAACCUAGAGUACGAUUCCGAAUCGAAGCUCGUCGUCGCGGGCCAUGCCCACUUCCCGUCGCUUCUGCAGGUCAAAGCAGAUCCUACAUCGAAAGCAACAGCACCCAGCUGGAUAUCGGUCAUCGCUCCAGAUUACUCAGUCGAGACUGUCUUUCAGAGCGAUGGAACGGUAUUCUCGUCCUCUUCGACCGGCUUGCGCAGCGCGGAAGGCAUUCUCUAUGCGACUGGACUGUAUUCAGAGUCCGGUUUGCUCAUGUGUCAACCUUGA